UUAUCCGCACGUAAUACCGUACGUGUCCGCGUGAAUAAAAGAUCAAAGACGUGAGACGGAGGUAUAUGCACGUAAGUAGGCGUGACUUUCGUUCGUAUACACGCGCCGCGGUACAUAUACGAGAUCGAGGUAGUGGAAAGUAGAUGAGCGUCGCCGCGAAACGAAUUGCGUAACACCGAAUCUGAUCUCGGGACGAUGGGGAAGAGAAAGGAGUGGAUCGACAGGCGCAUUCGUAAUUUUAUGGUACAAAAGAUGGUGCUAAAAAUAAUUGGUAUCUGGCCUUCGAACGGUGAAAAUACGUUUUUCGGCCGAUGGAUAUUCGCGGUGACGACGCAGAUCGGUAUUAUCUACAUCCUGUCUCUGGAAAUCUAUCGCCAUUGCCUCGACAUCGACGACACGAUGGACGCAUUCGUGAUGGAUCUUUCCGCCGUCAUCAGCCUCGCCAAACUUUUUAUCUUACGUUUGAAUUCGAAACACACUUGCGUUCUUAUUAAUUCAGUGGUGGAAGAUUGGUCGACCGUUCACGAUUCCCGCCACGAAUACAUUAUGACGGAAUACCUUAAGAAAGGACGAAUCGUCUCUCUGAUGAUACUUUAUCUGGGCUACGCUUCCGGAUUUUCUUUUAUCGUCAAAGCCUUGCCUUUUGGAGAUAUUCUGCCGUUCCAGAUGUUUCAAAACUCGAGAAAUUCAUCGAUGAAUCCGGACACUCCUUUGAAAUUGAAUUAUUUCCUAGCAUCCUAUUGCGUGUUCGGCUCGUUGCCUUUGCUCCAUCACGUAUGCGUACUAGCAUUGCAAGGAAUAUUCAUUUUCGUCAACGCGGUUGCUCAUUGCGGCAACGAUGGAUUGUUCUUUAGUUUAACUAUGCACCUGUGCGGCCAAUUCGAGAUCCUCAAGACGAACAUUGCCAAAAUCGAGUUUGUAGACGGGAGAAAGAUCGGUCCGAUCGUGAAACGGCAUUGCCAACUCGCGGUACUCGUCAACGAUUUAGAACAGACCUUCAACAUGAUUAUAUUUGUACAAUUAUUGAUGAGCGCAUUGCUGAUUUGUGUGGAAGGUUUUGUAUUUUUGGUCUGCUUGAGCACAAAGGACAACAUCGGUGCAUUAAAAAGCGUGGUCCUGAUGAUAACUUUACUCAUACAGUUAUAUCUCUACGCCUACGCCGGCGACGCUCUCGAAUCUCGAACCGAAGAAAUCGCACAAGCCGCCUUCCAUUCAUUCUGGUACCAAUCUCGAGGACGCACAGCAAGAGAUCUAAUACUGAUAAUCUGUCGUGGAAAUUCCUCUUACCAUGUGACAGCUGGUAAAUUCGUUUUCAUGAAUAUAUUCACCUUCAAAGAGAUACUAAAAAGUUCAACCUCCUAUCUAUCCGUCCUGAGAGUAAUGAUGGACACAAUUGACAAUUUCUUGUAUCGUGCUGAGAAAAUGAAGACAACAUCGAACAAAGACUUCGCUUACGCUAUGACCCCGUUGAAGUUCUUGUCAUGGCCCUUAGGUACCUGGCCGCUUCAGGUGUUCGAUACAUUCUCGAUCAUACGUGCCAUGUUCACAACUUUUCUUGUGUUGCUAAUGCUAGCGAUCCUACAAGUGGAAUUAUAUUUGGACAGAAGCAACGCGGAAAAUAAUCUAGACGCUCUAGUAUUAAUCAAUGGCGGCAUUUUGGCAGUGGCAAAGGUAAUGUGUUUUCAUGUACGGCCCGUAGGACUCAUCUCCAAUUUUACUUCUGCGGUUAAGGAUUACAACGAAUUGAACAGUGAAGAAAAUCGAGUGAUCAUGCGGCGACACGCUUACAUGGGCAGAGUAGCGUGCGCCAGUUUAAUAUUUUGCUCGUACGUCGGCUCCACGCUUUUCAUGACUGUGCCUAUGCUUGCUGGGGAUGAAGAAGAAGUGAUUAAUGUAACGGAAGAAAGUGCAAUAAAAUAUCCUAUGCCAUCUGAAAAUACACUAACACUUAUCAAUAUACCGGAAAAUAUGUACUUCGUGAUUUUUAUUGUAGAAUACUUAAUGCUCCUACUUACGAGUACUGGAAAUCUAGGUAGUGAUUCGUUGUUUUUUGGUAUUGCUUUUCAUUUGUGCGGCCAAGUGGAGAUUUUGAGACUAGAAUAUAAUAAAUUGUCCAACGAGAACGAAAGAACAACGAAACAUAUUACUUUAUUGACCAAGAGGCACAUUUACUUGUUGAAACUAAGCGACAUGUUGAAUGAAACAAUUAGCUCUAUUUUGGUCGUACAAUUAUUUUCAAGUUGUGUGCUUAUAUGUACAACCGGAUUUGAAUUUAUUCUCGCUUUGAGCAUUGGAAAUAUCGUCAUGACAAUAAAAACAUUUAUAGUAAUGUGCGUGCUCUUCCGGGAAAAAUUUCUCGAGCGACCUCCUAUCGCCUCAUGUUUUGUAUUUUUGGUCUGCUUGAGCACAAAGGACAACAUCGGUGCAUUAAAAAGCGUGGUCCUGAUGAUAACUUUACUCAUACAGUUAUAUCUCUACGCCUACGCCGGCGACGCUCUCGAAUCUCGAACCGAAGAAAUCGCACAAGCCGCCUUCCAUUCAUUCUGGUACCAAUCUCGAGGACGCACAGCAAGAGAUCUAAUACUGAUAAUCUGUCGUGGAAAUUCCUCUUACCAUGUGACAGCUGCGAUUGACAAUUUCUUGUAUCGUGCUGAGAAAAUGAAGACAACAUCGAACAAAGACUUCGCUUACGCUAUGACCCCGUUGAAGUUCUUGUCAUGGCCCUUAGGUACCUGGCCGCUUCAGGUGUUCGAUACAUUCUCGAUCAUACGUGCCAUGUUCACAACUUUUCUUGUGUUGCUAAUGCUAGCGAUCCUACAAGUGGAAUUAUAUUUGGACAGAAGCAACGCGGAAAAUAAUCUAGACGCUCUAGUAUUAAUCAAUGGCGGCAUUUUGGCAGUGGCAAAGGUAAUGUGUUUUCAUGUACGGCCCGUAGGACUCAUCUCCAAUUUUACUUCUGCGGUUAAGGAUUACAACGAAUUGAACAGUGAAGAAAAUCGAGUGAUCAUGCGGCGACACGCUUACAUGGGCAGAGUAGCGUGCGCCAGUUUAAUAUUUUGCUCGUACGUCGGCUCCACGCUUUUCAUGACUGUGCCUAUGCUUGCUGGGGAUGAAGAAGAAGUGAUUAAUGUAACGGAAGAAAGUGCAAUAAAAUAUCCUAUGCCAUCUGAAAAUACACUAACACUUAUCAAUAUACCGGAAAAUAUGUACUUCGUGAUUUUUAUUGUAGAAUACUUAAUGCUCCUACUUACGAGUACUGGAAAUCUAGGUAGUGAUUCGUUGUUUUUUGGUAUUGCUUUUCAUUUGUGCGGCCAAGUGGAGAUUUUGAGACUAGAAUAUAAUAAAUUGUCCAACGAGAACGAAAGAACAACGAAACAUAUUACUUUAUUGACCAAGAGGCACAUUUACUUGUUGAAACUAAGCGACAUGUUGAAUGAAACAAUUAGCUCUAUUUUGGUCGUACAAUUAUUUUCAAGUUGUGUGCUUAUAUGUACAACCGGAUUUGAAUUUAUUCUCGCUUUGAGCAUUGGAAAUAUCGUCAUGACAAUAAAAACAUUUAUAGUAAUGUGCGUGCUCUUGAUACAAUUAUUCGCGUAUAGCUACGUGGGUGAAUAUUUGAAGACUCAAACUGAAGAUCUCGGUAAUUCGGUGUAUUUCUCUACUUGGUACGAUAUGCCAAAAAAUGUGUCACAAAACAUUAUUUUUAUCAUUAUGAGAGCUCAGCAUCCUGUUCUCUUGACGGCCGGGAAAUUCUUUGUUGUCAACAUGGAAACAUAUAUGAGUAUUUUAAAAACUUCGAUGUCCUAUCUUUCAGUUCUACGAGUGAUGGUAAAUUCUUAAGAUUUUUAUAUCGAAGCAAAUAUUUUACGAAUCUAAAAGAAUUUAAAAAUUUAUAUCAGUAUAAUAAAGCACAAUAAAAUAUUAAAUAUUAUUUCGUGAUCUAUUAAUGUCAAAUACUCAAAUUCUAAUCAUUUUUA